AUGGUGACUGACCUAUCCUUUUGCCCUGGGUCUGUGCAGGUGGAAACGGCCUCAACCAGCACCUGGGACCGGCUGCCAAACUCGUACCAGAACGAACGUUUGCGCCGUGCCACCCGCAUCACCGAAUCGCUCGCUGAGGAGACCGGUCAACAUGACAGCGGCAUGCCCACUUCUCCAGCUUUGGUCCAGAACGGUCGCCAGGGACCCCUGCCGGCCGUCCCUGGCUCGGCUGUUCUCGUUCUUCGGAACAUGCUUGAUGUGACAGACCACACCGCGGAUUCCAGCUAUCAAACCAUAAGUGGUGGGGAAAGUGAGGGGGACGCCGACUCACCCAUUCCUGACCCCCACUCCUUCAACCCCUACGCAAGCAUUCGCGGUUCCAUCGACUCGACAAGCCAACGCCUAGAGCGCCAACGUCGCUAUCUCUCAGACAUCCGCCGUGAUGCCCAGGCCGAACAGCAGCGGUUGGAGGACGCCCAUGCUCUCUAUAGCACCCCCGGCCCACGCAGCCCUCGCCGCGAGCAUCCACCGCAGCUACCUCCUCGCGCACAUCCCCUGCGCACGGAAUACGAUGGGCGUUCGCCAACCAUCCGACGCGGCCACACCCGUCCGCCCGUGGCUCUCUCUGACUCCUCGGAGGGCGAAGGUGUGACGGUCAUUGGGCUCGAAGAGCUUGAAGCGGCCCUGGGCCAGCCCUUGCGCAAACUCAGCCAAGCCAGCUCAGCUUCCUCCAAUGCCUCUCAUCGUCGGACCAUGCGUCGCUCCCAACGAUCAAGCCUGGCGCCGCUCAACGAGGAGCAAGGAGAAGAUGAGCAAGCCACGCCCAACAACCCUGAACCAGAUCAUCUUGGCCUCAUUUCCCACGUGCAUUCUGCCCACACCACUAACCUGCCAGCUGCCAUACGCCCCGGUGGCACCGCCCUAGUCCGGUCUAGUGGAGGAACGAACGGAAGCAGCUUGUCACGCGCGUUGCAAAUCCGUCAGGCUGAGUUGGCACGGUCUUCCUGCUCCUCGCUGGUGGACGAGCAAGGCACAACGCCGUAUGCGCAAUCUCGCUCUCUGGCCAUCCUUCAACAGCGCGCGGCGGUGGCCCGGAUCCAGGCCCAAGGUAGCGGUCACAGCAUGCGCGUGCGCUGCGACUCGGCCCACUCUUCGCGCGUUUUUACCCCCUCAAUUCCUGGAUCUGGCACGGGCUCGGAGAUUAGUCUAAUUCUCAGUGCUACCGACCCCCCGGCAAGAAGGCCAGGAAGCACGGACCCUGUCGCCAAAGUCGGCAGCACCACUAGCUGUAGGCCAGGGACCAAGCUGCCUUGCGUCAAUAGGCUUGGCGCAGAUUCUGAACACACCAACACCUUGGUGCGGCAGCCACACGCCUCGUCUGAUUUUGCAGAGGAUAAGGGCAUGCGGACGGAGCGAACCAACAGUAUUGAUGCCGCGCUGAACGAGAAAAGGCGACUGCGCGACAGUAUCCGUCUGCAACUGGCUGGCUGGGAGGAGGUGAAUGCCCAGCAGCAAGUGGACGCGGCCGUUGACAAGUUGCUAUUGACGCAGGAUCCACACUCAGACCUCGAAUGGGAUGAUGGUUUUGAGCAGGCUGUCGAAGCCAAGUCGCGACGAUCUUCUCACCUCUCAACUCGUCAGCAGGCGGCCCCGUUUGUCAAAGUAGCGUCGCACCGACCGAGUCGACAUAGCACGGAUAGCAGAGUACCCUCGGUCACAGGCAUGUCCUCCACGACCUCUCGGCGAGGGUCUGUCCCCUAUGACAGUGUCCAUGCUGUCUCCUUUGCCAGACACCAGCCUCCAAAUUACGGCCCACACACACGAUUUCACCAAAUACUGUCCGAGGUGGCCUGGGCCGAGAAACCCACCCCACGGGCCCCGCGUCGUCGCACCGGCGAUAGUUUUCGCUCGCGCAAGCAUUCCCUUUUCAACUCCAUCAAGCGACAUCAUGCACCGGGCUGUGGAACGCCAACAUCGCGCCGACAGUCGAGCGAGGCGUGCAAACGACUGUCGACGGUACAUUGCCAUACACUCAUUGCGCUCUUUGUCGACAUCCCGACAGCUAUGCCUGCUCCUCGCCUUCACUCAUGGCUGGUGCCCAUGCGCAUUGGUGUGUUUCUGCAGGGGUCCAGCGUGCUAGCCCGCCUGCACGAGGCAGCCCUGCACGCCUCAACCGCGUGCUAG